AUGAAUAACACAUCAACAUUUCUGCCCUUGGCUCUCGUCCUAACACUGGUAAGUUUGAAUCUGGUGCGCUAAAAAUGAUGGAUUAUUUAUGAUUGAUGACAAUUAUAUACGAAUAGCAAGUAACAACAUAGAAUAUUUGUAUUUCAGUUCCAAUCUAAAUGAAGUAUACAACAAAUACUCUCAACCAACUGACACCAAGAAAUGCAGGAGCGCGCGGAAAUAAUCAAAAUAAACGCGCCAAAAUUACAAAACGCUCAAAAGCAAAUUGUAUUUAUUAAGAUUUAAGUGAUGAGUCAUCUCAACUGCUUAGAUUUUUUAACACGAAAUUUGACAUACAGUUUAGGGUAUGUAUUUUAAAUUUAUUUAACGGACGUCUUGUCUUUUAAACGCCUGCUUAAACGCUGUAUAGAUUCAUUUUGGCCAGCGCGGGUUUACAUAUAACGGUUGUCAAUACAUAGAACGGUUUUUGUUAUCAAUAAACACGUUCAUAUACUAACUUAGACAGUAUUUAUAGUUUGAUAUCUUCGCUCUUCGUAUUCCAGAGUUCACCUCCACAAUUUCUUCUUAAAACUAACAAAGUUAAUCUCCAUUUUGAAAAGAAAUUGUAAAAGAUACUGACGUAGCUCUUCUCCAUCAUUAAUUUUCAGGGCUUUGUUGUGUACUCAGAAUCUAACCCCUACAAAUCAAUACAAAUUAAUGAAAAAGCCAAAAUAUAUCUUCGGAUACGAAGAACUGUCAACGAGUCUGAAAGUGAGAGUACAUAUGAACCUAGUUCUGAAAGUGAGAGUACAUCUGAACCUAGUCCUGAAAGUGACAGUACAUCUGAACCUAGUCCUGAAAGUGAGAGUACAACUGAACCCAGUCCUGAAAGUGACAGUCCAUCUGAACCUAGUCCUGAAAGUGACAGUACAUCUGAACCAAUUCCUGAAAGUGAGAGUACAUCUGAACCUAGUCCUGAAACUGAGAGUACAUCUGAACCUAGUCCUGAAACUGAGAGUACAUCUGAACCUAGUUCUGAAAGUGAAAGUACAUCUGAACCAAAUCCUGAAAGUGACAGUACAUCUGAACCUAGUUCUGAAAGUGAGAGUACAUCUGAACCUAGUCCUGAAAGUGACAGACCAUCUGAACCUAGUCCUGAAAGUGACAGUACAUCUGAACCUAAUCCUGAAAGUGAGAGUACAUCUGAACCAAAUCCUGAAAGUGAGAGUACAUCUGAACCAAAUCCUGAAAGUGAGAGUACAUCUGAACCAAGUCCUGAAAGUGAGAGUACAUCUGAACUAAUUCCUGAAAGUGAGAGUACAUCUGAACCUAGUCCUGAAACUGAGAGUACAUCUGAACCUAGUCCUGAAACUGAGAGUACAUCUGAACCUAGUUCUGAAAGUGAAAGUACAUCUGAACCAAAUCCUGAAAGUGACAGUACAUCUGAACCUAGUCCUGAAAGUGAGAGUACAUCUGAACCUAGUCCUGAAAGUGACAGUACAUCUGAACCUAGUCCUGAAAGUGACAGUACAUCUGAACCUAAUCCUGAAAGUGAGAGUACAUCUGAACCUAGUCCUGAAAGUGACAGACCAUCUGAACCUAGUCCUGAAAGUGACAGUACAUCUGAACCAAAUCCUGAAAGUGAGAGUACAUCUGAACCAAUUCCUGAAAGUGAGAGUACAUCUGAAUCAAUUCCUGAAAGUGAGAGUACAUCUGAACCAAGUCCUGAAAGUGAGAGUACAUCUGAACCGAGUCCUGAGAGUGACAGUACAUCUGAACCAAGUCCUGAACGUGACAGUACAUCUGAACCAAGUCCUGAACGUGACGGUACAUCCGAACCUAGUCCUGAAAGUGAGAGUACAUCUGAACCUAGUCCUGAAAGUGAGAGUACAUCUGAACCUAGUCCUGAAAGUGACAGUACAUCUGAACCAAAUCCUGAAAGUGAGAGUACAUCUGAACCAAGUCCUGAACGUGAGAGUACAUCGGAACCGACUCCUGAAAGUGACGGUAAAUCACCAGCUCAAAGCGAACCAGAACCUCAGUCGGAAACAUGGCCUGAACCAGGUCCGGAGUGGGAGAAAGCCUACAAACUAUGGCAGAGUGCAUGGCCUGCACACACAUAUCUUUUUGCAAUAAUCUUCUUGCUCAUGGCAAUCUAUUCAGGCUACUACAUCGUAGUGAAUGUCAAAGAUGGACUUGGGAAGAAAUAUCUAAGUAUCUCCUUAAAUGUCAUGAUGUGUGUUCUUUCUAUAACGCGAUCAUUUGUGCUAUUCUUGGAUCCAUACCACCAAGGGACUUUAAUCGAAAAUAAACUAGUCCUUCAACUCAUGUGGUCCAUUGGAACUCCCUGUUUGCUUGCUUCAGAUUCUUUGUGUAUCCUAGCGCUGGCCGAAUCGGCAAGCGUGAAUCUAAUCCAUCAACGUUUUCAACGUUUAUCCAACAUCUUAAUUGUAAUCUUUCUACACUUUGUUCUGGUCAUCGCAACAGAUAUAGUCGUAUCUGCGCACAGCAGUGCAAAAGUGAUGAUCUUAUAUUGUCAAGUUUUUUCAAUCAUUUGGGGAACGUUGCUUGGUAUUUGGUAUUCGACACUCGCGCACAAAAUAAACCACGUGCUGUUUAAAGGAGCCGGACGGAGGAAGUCACGUGGUGAUCGGAUAUACCUCUUGCUUAUUUAUCUAUCAAGUGUAGCAAAUCUCUUCACAUGUGUGUUAAUUCUUUACUCAGCAGUGGGAGUGUUUGGUAUCUACUCCGAGGUAGAGUUUGUGGACGCCUGGCCUUGGUAUUCGCUACAGACUGGUAUGCGCGUAUCCGAAGUUAUCGCUGCGGUGCUCGUGUUUACUGUCAGUGCAAAACGUAACCGAAUUAAGAACAAAGUGCACAAUGUCAUCGUGUGUGGCGAGUCACAAGUUGUCAAAGAAACGAGUGAUGCUUCCAGUACUGCUCCAACAGUCAUAAAUUUGUACCCGGCAGCAAGGAACAGACGAAUGAGCAUGUUCUCAGCUGUACAUCAAUCAAAAAUAUCCGCUCACGACAACCCUGGGGUUGAUCAAAAAUUGGACUCCCCGUCGGGGCUGCAACCAUCAAAUAAGAAUAAGAAUAACCCGUCGCCUCGCGGACGACGAAUGAGUCUAUUCUCCGAGCUACACGAGUCGAAAUUAUCAGCUUCGCGUGUUGGGGCGAUACCACAGCGAAACCAACUACGGAACAAAUUUUCUGCUUUAGACCAAUCACUUGAUGGCGGUAAUUCAAAUGUCCAGUCAACGAAUGACAAUGAAAACACGUCAGGGAGAGGUAGACGGAUGAGCAUGUUUUCACAGUUACAGCAAAUAAAACUAUCAGCAAAUGCAAAUAAUUCCAUACCGUCCUCCUUGAGAAGUAACGGAACGUCUCCAUCUGCGCCGAAUCAAUCCAAUAAGCCUCCAGUUCUUGGAAGGAAAAGAACGCCACCAUCUCUGUCAAAUCAACCAGAAGUUGGAAAUCAAAGCAUGCCAUCGAACAGAGGGAGAAGAAUGAGCAUGUUCUCGCAGUUGCAAGAGUUAAAGAUGUCAGCAAAUGGAAAUAUGUCCUUGCCAUCAGCCCACGGGAGUAACAGUUCCAUUCCAAAUGAAAAAGAUGCAAAUACAAAAACCUCCAGCAUCUUCUCUGGAUUACAACAAUUUGUGGCGUCUCACAAGAGAAAGGCGAACAAAUCCGACAAAUGUGGUGAAAACACUAAACAUUCAAACUUUUUUUCAAAAUUUUUUCAUACCAAAGUGGCACCAAUCAACUCCGCAUCGCCCAACGAAGGUACAAGACUAAACAAGAUAACGGCUUUGUGUCGGUCAGUGGAGACAGCUAGUCCGGAGGUGCACGUGAAUGACACGCCUUGUGUAAAUAAGAAUGAGACAAGCGUACAUGUGACUGACACGCCUAAUUCACAUGAGAACAAGACAAUUGGACAUGCGAUUGACAUGCCUGAUUCACAUGACCAUGUGACUGACACGCCCAAUGCACAUGGAAAUAUGACAGACGUGCAUUUCAAUGACAUGCCUAAUGCACGUGGGAGUAGGAAUAACAUUGAAUGGAGGAGGUCCACUGGGUCACGUGCGAGCCUGUUCGCAGGUCUACGUAAAGCAAAUACAAAAAUGGAUGAAAUGAAAAUUAUUGAAGAUGAUGAGGGGGAAGUGGAAGAACAGUGCAUCAUAUUUAACCGGAGAAAAAGUUCAAGAACAUGCGCAAUUGAUAUUGAUGACGACAUGUGUAAUGACAAUGCUAUACCUAUGCAGAACAUGAGUAGUGACCCAACUUCUAUUUCCAAACAGAGUGACCACCUUACGCAAGUAGACGUGUAG